AUGCCGAUGAUUAUCCCAUUCACUGCCAUCGGAACGAUGACGUUUGACUUCCACGCUCCACCAGCUCCAUUAGCCCUACCAGGGGACGAAGCGCUCCUGAACGAAAUGGCAUCUCUCACUGCAAGUUUUCGAACAUUACGUCAAAAUGCCAACAUCUUGCACAGUCAAUGGAGCGACCUUCAACUCGACCUCAUCAGCGCCCGCAAACACUUUCUGACCAGCCUCGAGAAGAUCGAGAUUCUCGUAAAGCAUAUCACGUGGCUCCUUGAGCAUGCGCCGAAUCGGCGACAAUGGCGAUCUCGCUUGAAAUUUUGGUAUCGCAGAACACAUAGCAAAUCGACCAUCCACAUCGAAAAACACCAGCGCGUGACCCUCUCCACCGCGCUCCAUGACUCCCUCAAGGCCUUCAGCCAGCUCUCUGGUGUCGUGUGCACGCUCGAGAAGUCGGCAGGCGACGUCGAGGUGCGCGCCGCGGGGUGCUUCAGCAAUCUCGUGCGCUUGAAGGAUCAGGGAAACGAUCUGAGUCGCAAAGUCGCGAUGCGAGGGUCAGAGAUCGAGAGUGAGUUGCAGGGCGUAAAGCAACAGCUAAACAGGAACGCCGCGGCGGCCGGCGCGAAUCUGGAGAACAGGUCCUCAGCAGAGGUAGGGCACAGGAAAGCGAUCAGAAAGCAUGAUCGGUGGAGAGCUGCGCACAACACGACGAAAUUCAUCCCUGGCGUGAAUCUUUUGACGUAUCCGAUCACCAGGCGGUGCUUGAACAACGCGAAAGCCAACAAUUACAUCACUUCCGUUAAGAUAGAAGACUAUCAGCAGGAAGGCCACCAGCUAGAACAGCAAGCGCAAACGUUGUCGGCGCAGGGCGAUCGAUUUACACAGCAGGCGAAAGAAAUAUCUGAUCUACAAAUCAAUCUCAACGCGACAGUCCAAGAAAUACAGGCCUCGCAAUCAGACACCAAGAGAAUAGUCACGGGCGUCGGUGCAGUCAUCAACGAGGCGCACGGUAAACUUCAAUCGGCGUCGACGGUUAACAGGACGUUAUCGUCGAGUGCGUUCGACGACGGUUUUCUGGUCCAAUCAGAGCAUGUGCUACAUUGUUUGGAUGUGUUGUUAGAUCAGAAGCGACUAGAGGAAACGUUGUGGCGUUAUGACGCGGAGACGGAGUGCGUGGUAAUGCGGUUGAGGGAACAGCAUGACGGAUUGGGACGGAGUAUUGACUCGAGGAGAAUGUUGAAUGUUUAA